CCUUGGAAUGGUCUGGGCAGGGAGGGGGUGGAGUCAGCGUCCCUGGAGGUGUUGAAGGUGAGAGUGGAUGUGGCCUCAGUGCCAUGGUCUGGGAAGCACGGCGGGGUUGGAUCAAGGGUUGGACUUGAUGAUCUUGGAGCUCUUUUCCAACCCAGCUGAUUCUGUGAUUCUCUGAUUGCCAUUCCUAUGGCAGCACAUGCUUGAGGCUCUAUCCCCAGGGUGAUAGAGAUGUCUGUCCAUAUCUAUCUCCAAGGUUCCUGUCCUUGAGCCCAGGCCCUGAGGUGAGGCUGAGAAGUGGCGCGGAGGUGAGCCCAGAGCUGUCCCUGAGGUGAGGCUGAGAAUAAGUGCAAGGCAGAGGUGCUGCUGAGGAAGGAGAGCCCUGUGGUGGGGAAGAGACGAAGGUGCCCAUCCCCGAGCAGGUGCUGUGUCCAUCCCCUGUGUGCCAGGAUUUGUCCUUCCCAAAGCUUGGGCGGAUGGAGGAGGAGGCUGCGAGGAAGAGGAAGAUGCCUUGGGCCCCCCAGGCAGGUGAGGAGGCAGUCAGUGUCCCUUUGGGUGGGUGUUGUGCUGGCUCUGUCAGCCGAGCAUGGCCCCGGCUGCAGGACAACCCCGCUGGCGCCGCCGUCCUGCCGGGGCCGGAGUUGGGGGGAUGUCCUUGGCCUUCCCUGUGGGCCGGAGGCAAAUCCCCUGCCUGUCCUUCUUGCUUCCUGCCCCAGGCCCCGAGCUGAGGACGGAGAGCCCGGAGGACAAAUCCCCCCGUGAGACCCUGGUGGGAGAGGCCGUUUUGAAGGGCUCCACGGCGCAGGAAGGCAGCGGGGAGGAAAAGGGCCGGAGAUCCCCCAUCAGGAGGGGCUCCAAAGCCAUCCCAGGGUACUCUGAGGAGGAAAGAGCCAGCCUGUGCCGGGAAGGCGGACGGAGCUUGAACCAGAGCUCUGAACUGGUGGUCCCUGAGCAGCACAUCCACACUGGGGAACGGCCUUACCCGUGUGGGGAAUGUGGGAAGAGCUUCAGGACCAGCUCCAACCUGAUCCGACACAAGCGCAUCCACACUGGGGAACAGCCCUACACGUGUGGAGAAUGUGGGAAGAGCUUCAACCGGAGUUCCCACCUCUUCACCCACCAGCACAUCCACACUGGGGAACGGCCCUACACGUGUGGGGAAUGUGGGAAGGGGUUUCAGACCAGCUCAGAUCUCCUGAAGCACAAGGCAACACACACAGGGGAGUGGACCUUCCACUGCACCUACUGCGGGAAGGGCUUCAACCGGAACUCCACCCUUGUCACCCACCGACACAUCCACACUGGAGAGAGGCCCUACAAGUGUGGGGAGUGUGGGAAGAGAUUUCAGACCAGCUCAAGUCUCCUCAGGCAUGAGCGGACGCACACGGAUGAGAGGCCCUUCCACUGCACCUACUGCGGGAAGGGCUUCAACCGGAACUCCCACCUUGUCAGGCACCGGCGCAUCCACAGCGGGGAGAGGCCCUACAAGUGUGAGGAGUGUGGGAAAAGCUUCACCAACAGCUCUGCCUUGACCCAACACCAACGGACCCACCACAGGCAGAAGCCCUUCAGGUGCUUGGAAUGUGGGAAGAGCUUCAGGAAGAGCUUCAACCUCCUCACCCACCAGCACAUCCACACCGGGGAACGUCCCUACAUGUGUGGGGAAUGUGGGAAGAGCUUCAGGCAGAGGUCCAACCUCCACACCCACCAGCGCAUCCACACUGGGGAACGGCCCUACACAUGUAGGGAAUGUGGGAAGAGCUUCAAUCAGAGCUCCAACCUCCGCACCCACCAGGGCAUCCACACUGGAGAACGGCCCUACCCGUGUAUGGAAUGUGGGAAGAGCUUCAGGGACAGCUCCCACCUGAUCGAACACCAGCACAUCCACACCGGAGAACGGCACUACACCUGUAGGGAAUGUGGGAAGAGCUUCAGCCAGAGAUCCACCCUCCUCCAACACCGUGGUGUGCACACUGGGGAACGGCCCUACACAUGUUGGGAAUGUGGGAAGAGCUUCAGUUACAGCUCCACCCUCCACAUCCACCGACUCAUCCACACUGGGGAACGACCUUACAAGUGCUUGGAAUGUGGGAAGAGGUUUCAGACCAGCUCAACUCUCCUCAGGCAUGAGCAGACGCACACGGAUGAGAGGCCCUUCCGCUGCACCGACUGUGGGAAGGGCUUCAACCGGAACUCCCACCUUGUCACCCACCGGCGCAUCCACACAGGGGAGAGGCCCUACAAGUGUGGGGAGUGUGGGAAGAGCUUCACCGAGAGCUCUAAGUUGACCAGACACCAAUGGACCCACCGGGGGGAUAAGCCCUUCAGGUGCUUGGAAUGUGGGAAGAGCUUCAGAGACAGCUUCAACCUGAUCCGACACCAGCACAUCCACACUGGGGAACGGCCCUACAUGUGUAGGGAAUGUGGGAAGAGCUUCAGGAACAGCUCUGGCCUACACGUGCACCGUCGCAUCCACACUGGGGAACGGCCCUACAAGUGUGUUGAGUGUGGGGAAAGCUUCAGGACCAGCUCCAGCCUCCGCUCUCACCAUCUCAUCCACAGCGGGGAACGGCCCUACAAGUGCUUGGAAUGUGGGAAGGGGUUUAAGACUAGCUCAGAUCUCUUGAAGCACAAGCCGACACACACAGGGGAGUGGGCCUUCUACUGCACCGACUGUGGGCAGGGCUUCAACCGGAACUCCACCCUUGUCACCCACCGGCGCAUCCACACUGGGGAACGACCCUACAAGUGUGGGGAGUGUGGGAAGAGGUUUACACGCAGCUCACAUCUCAUCCAGCACCAGCAGACUCACACGGAUGAGAGGCCCUUCCGCUGCACCGACUGCGGGAGGAGCUUCAACCAGAACUGCAACCUCAUCAAGCACCGGCGCAUCCACACUGGAGAGAGUCCCUACAAGUGUGGAGAGUGUGGGAAGAGCUUCACUAAUAAGUCUGGCUUGACCCAACACCAACGGACCCACCGCAGAGAGAAGCCCUUCAGGUGCUUGGAAUGUGGGAAGAGCUUCAGUCAGAGCUCUCACGUGCUCCGACACCAGGACAUGCACACUGGGGCACGUCCCUACACGUGUGGAGAAUGUGGGAAGAGCUUCAGCCAGAACUACCACCUCCGCACCCACCAGCGCAUCCACAGCGGGGAACGACCCUACAAGUGUGAGGAAUGUGGGAAGAGCUUCAGCCGGAGGUACCACCUCCGCACCCACCAGCGCAUCCACAGUGGGGAACGGCCGUACACAUGUGAGGAAUGUGGGAAGAGCUUCAACCGGAGCUUUCACCUUCGUUCCCACCAGCACAUCCACACUGGAGAAUGUCCUUACACGUGUAGGGAAUGUGGGAAGAGCUUCAGUCACAGCUCCACCCUCAGCAAACACCUUCGCAUCCACGCUGGGGAACGGCCCUACAAGUGCUUGGAAUGCGGGAAGAGGUUUCCAACCAGGGGGAAUCUCUACACGCAUGAGCGGACGCACAGGGAUGAGAGGCCCUUCUGCUGCACCGACUGCGGGAAACGGUUCAAGGAGAAAUCCCAUCUUGUCACCCACCGGCGCAUCCACACCGGGGAGAGGCCCUACAAGUGUGGGGAGUGUGGGAAGAGAUUCACCCAGAUUGGUGUCUUGACCAAACACCAACGGACCCACCAGUAAGGGAAGCCCUACCAGUGCCCCGACUGCGGGAAGAUCUUCGGCCGCUGCUUCCACCCCGAAUGAACCCCCUGAUGGUGAGGCAACCCCUGGAGUCCAGUGACUGUCAGUCCAUCCCUUUUGACCACAAAGGGCCAGUCCCCUUUAACAGAGGCACGUUCUUCCAACAGAACCCUUCUUGGGGGGUGUGUGGAGAUUCCUGC